AUACGUAUGUAUGUAUAAUAAACUAAGGAUUAAGAUAGAAGAGGUUUAAAAAUUUAGAAGGAUGAAUUACUUGGUUGACUUGACACGGUCGCCGAGAAGGAGGAGAAGAAGGGGAAAGGGAAGGAAUCGAAGCGAGCUUUUUCAUUUUGUUGGAUGAAUCGGCGUUUUUUUUUUGUCUUAGAAAAAGAACGCCGCCGUAAAAGUCUUCAUAUCACGCCGUUGGCUACAGCGGAGGUGGCGAAGAGGGGAAGAGAAACGUCGCUGGGGUGGCUGAGAGGUGAAGAGAAACGCCGCCGAGGGUGGAGAUUUAAAGAAGCUUCGUGCAGGAGGUGGGGAGAGGGGAAGAGAAAUGCCGGCAGAGGUGGAGAUUUUAAGAAGCUUUGCGCAGGAGGUGGCGGAGGGAGAAAGAGAAACACCGACGGCGGAAGAGAUUUAAAGAAGCUUCGCAGAGGAGGUGACGGAGAGGUAAAGAGGAACGCCGCUGGAGGCGGUGGAAAAGUGAAGAGGAAGGCAAAUAGAGAUCUAGGAAAAUGGUUAAGGUAUGACGAUGAGUCAGCCAUGGCAAGAAAUGGAUGAAAGAAAAGUGGAAAAAUGAAUAGCAUAAAAAACCCUAAAACAUUUAUUUUUUGUUCUUUCUUUCCGAGGUUUGAUGAU